UGAAUUUCACGUCAAAAUCAUUCUAUCCACAACCAUGGCUGCUUUCCUAGAAAUCCGGCCGAGCUUUCUCAUCAUCAUGCUGCUCUUUGCCGUCGGCGCUUCCGUGUGGUCGUCGGAGCCCACUGUCUACGAUAUUUUGACCAAGUACAGCCUACCGAUUGGCCUCUUGCCGGACUCCGUAACUUCCUACACGCUCUCCGACGACGGCUCCUUCGAGGUAUCCCUCAAAAAGCCCUGCUACGUGCAGUUUGAUUACUUGGUGUACUACGAGAAGACAAUUACUGGGAAAUUGAGUGUCGGAUCGAUCUCCGACUUGAAGGGGAUUCAAGUAAAAAAACUGUUCUGGUUCAAUGUGGACGCGAUUAAAGUUGACCUGCCCCCGUCCGGUAGUAUAUAUUUUCAGGUUGGAAUUAUUAACAAGGAACUCGAUGCGGGGCAGUUCGAGAUCGUCCACACUUGCCAGGACAAAGCCUUGGCCGCCUGUGCAGCGUCUCCCAGGAAAAUUGUUCAGCCAACAGUGGUGGAUGAUUUGCGAAUGCUCCUUACAGAGUGAAGAAUCAAAUUGAUGGUUUGCAGCUAAAGAUUGUCGGAAGAGGUGUGAUAUUGCAGCUAAGACUAGAAGUACAACUUCAGUGCUGAGCACCGUGUCGAUAUACAAGUUGGGCUUUUUGCCUUUUUGUAUCAGUGCUGAGCACCGAUCUAUGUUACCAUUGUAUGAUGGAGUUGUAAUGUUUGUUAUAACGUUAUAUGUUUAGUCGUACUUGCAUAGUGUUCCUAUUAUGUUGAUCAAUGUUUAGCUGUAAUAUGUUUAAUAUGUUAUGCUGAUUAUUUUGAUGCGUAAAGAGUGAACAUCAUAAAAAUAUCCAGUUCUAAUUAAUUGUGUUUUGUUUCAACCUUUAUUUAGAUGUGAACUAAAAUUUGAGAAUAUAGUUCAUUCUCAUUUCCCCUGAUUUUGAGGGUUCUGGAAGUGGAG